GAGAGAGAGAGAGAGAGAGAGAGAGAGAGAGAGAGAGAGAGAGAGGAAGGAGAACGAGCUAGGUGUCUCGUGCGGUUUUAACUGACACAAGGCGCGCGGAGGACUUUGCAAUUAAAACCGUGCUUGUUUGUGUAUAUAUUUUUGUCAAAUUUACACAGAAGAAUAAGAAAAAAAUAGAAAAAAAUAAGUGCCUGGAGAGAGAGAGAAGGGGGGGAGGAAUAACCAAAACGCAACACGUAUCCGGUGGGAUCACUCCUGAGAGAGAGAAGCGGCAGGAGUUGGAGCGAGGGGUACAAGGAAAACGAGAGGGAGACAGAAGAAGAAGAGGGGGAAGAAUUGACAUUUCGCCCGUAACAACGCAUUUCUAAUUAAUAAAGAGGAAUAAUGAGGAACAUUUGGAUAAUUUUGACUCUCGGUCUGACCGUCGUCCUCUCCGGGGAAAGGAUAGCAGAAGCAGCCAAGACAUCCUCUCAGGCUGAUGACUUGUACCUGGAUGACACAGGCUCGGGAGGUUAUUACCCUGAAGAUGAUGAUGACUUUAACUCAGGGUCUGGCUCAGGUGGGGGUGAAGAAGUGGUGGAGGAAACAGUGACUGUCAGUACGGUUUAUUUCGAGCCCAAUGCAGCGCAACCCACCCAGGACUCCACCAAAGAUUUCACCCCCAGGGUGGACACAGCCACGGUCAGAGAAAAGGCAGACAGCACGCCAAGGAAACCAUUCAGAACAGAGGCACCAGUGCCAGUUACAGAGGACAUGCAGAGGAACCAGAUGACUAGUACAACUAGUACCCCCGGUUCACCCCAGGAGGCCGUUGAGGUCCGCACUGAAAACCUCUUCCAGAGGACAGAGGUGUUGGCAGCUGUUAUCGCAGGUGGCGUGAUCGGCUUCCUGUUCGCUAUCUUCCUCAUCCUCCUGCUGGUCUACCGCAUGAGGAAGAAGGAUGAGGGCAGCUACGACUUGGGAGAGAGGAAACCCUCCGGCGCAGCCUAUCAGAAGGCCCCAACCAAGGAGUUUUAUGCAUAAAGUCCUGCCCUCCCACCACCAGAUUGACAAAUCUUGAGUGACUGUUAAAAAAAAAAAAACACAGUCCACAACAACAGCAAAUCUGUUCAAACACAAGAAACAAGUACAAAAUGUUUUCAAGUCGAUUAAGGAAAAAUAGCAUAAAGGAAAGCUUUUGCAUAGAGUAUUGUAAUUAAGACCUUUUCUUUCUUCUUUUUGUUUUUUAAAUGAAAACCAAGCAUUUCUCAUUUUAUGGCAAAUCUCAGUGUAUUUAAACAUUUUGUGUAUUAUUUGAAAAGGCUGAAAAAAUAAAAACAGGAUCUGUAAAGGAUUCUGUCAAAGGAGCUGUUUUUAGUCGCUGACUACUUUUAACUGUAGCAGUAUGUUAUUUGUAAAGAAAAAAAAUUUAAAGUGGAAAUAAUUGAAUAUAAUUAUUCUGUAUCAAUCCUCGUUCAUUUUUUUUUCUUUUUAUUUUGUCCUAGCAUGUCUGAUGUUGAUCUCUAAAGGUGUAUUACAUUAAUUUAUCUUUUCUCUGAUGUUAAAAAAAAAUGCCUUUGUAGUUUUGAUGAAGCUCUUUGGUCUUCAUAUUAACGCUGUUAACGGUCAAUGUAAAUGUUCUCCCUUCAGGUUACAAUGUUUAUUAUUUGCUCUCACAUCCAUUUUUUUUUUUUUUUUUUUUUUUUUUUGGUCAAACGUGAGCGUUUCAUUAUGUCUUGUUGAUUUGUUUGUCUCUUCUCAGUGUAGCCUUUUUUCUUUUUUUUCUUGUCGACAGCGUUUUUCACACCAGGAAUUGGUCUUUAAAAAGAUUAAAAUAAGUGUGUCAGGGCUAGAAAAACAUCACAAAUCUCGCUUCUGUUGUGCGUCUUGCUGAACUUCUUUUCUAUUUAAAUGCAUUCUCUCUUACAUUGCACAUUCACUGCUUUUGCUUCCCACUGCUAUCGUGCAGCUUUGCGUGUGUGUAGUGUUUUGGGGUGAAGUUUUCUUCUCUGUGGCUUGUGGUGUUUUUGGCCCAAAGCCACCUACCUCCCCAGUGUGUCCCUUGAGUUUACUGACUGCACCCAAGGUCUGCUAACAUCUCUCCCCCCGCCCUCUCUCUUUCUCUCUGUUUACCCUAACCUCCCUCACUCCCACCUUCUAUUAAAUCAGAUUGGAGCAAGGCCAGUUGGGCUGUCAAUACCCCCAACCACCACCACCCUCUCUUUUUCUCACUCAGCUGUAUGGAGCCACCCGGGUAGCCUGGUGUUAUUGUCCGUGUCCCAGUGUUGAUGCUUUAGGCCCAAAGAUCUGCUCAGUGAAGGCCUGCUACUGCUUGGACACAAACAAACCAGGCCGGGGCUGAAUCCCCACAUGCAGAGCACAUACCUCUGCAGCAAACAACACAAGAGCACCCCCCCUUCUAGAAACCUAGUUUCUCUGAGGGAUUGAUAGAUAAGGCUGCACAGAAAAUGUAGGACUCAAGUGUUAAAGUUUGAAUAGUUUUUGAGACUCACAUUGAGGGCUGUUCAUGGUUUUAAAUGGUCAGUGGAGGCAUUUCAAAAUAGUUGAAAGAUGAGGUUGUUUGCCACAUCCACAACAUACACAAGGUGUUUGUUUGGAUGCCAUUCUGCAUCCCCAAAUGAGUUCAACUGAAUAAAAGGCCACAAAAUAGCUGCAAAGAUUGAAAACAAAGAUUACAGUCAAAUGACAAGUUAAGUCUUCUUCUUCUUUUUUUUUUUUUAAACGUCUACAUUAACUUGCUCUGAAGAGACACACAUGUUUUGUCCGGCAGGUUUGUGAAGUUGCCUUUUUCAGCUGUACAGUAAUGUGAAGUAGGCGCAGUAGAUGCUGUCACAUCGUCUAAACUCCUAACACCACCCACAUGCAGCUGUUCAUCCCUCUACCUCUCCAUCCCUUCUUCUGUCAGUCUCUCUGCGCUCCUUUACUCAUCCACCCCUCCCUCCCCCACCCCCAUCUCUGUUGUCCUCUCUUGUCAUAGGACCUAAGGUACUGAACUAUACUGAAAAACCCAAAGACUCACAGUAUUUCUACUCCCACCAUCUCCUCAUACCCACUCCCCUCCACCAUGGCCACAUCAUGUUGUUUCCUCAUUCUCUUUUUCUUCACUCUUUUAGUUUUUUUUAUUUUCUCUCUAUUAGAGACCUGACCUUUGAGUCCAAUUGCUUAUUAGUAUAUGAAAAGAUAUAUAAAUAUAUAUAAAUGUAUAUUCACAAAUGUUUUAAACCUUCAAAGUGCCUACCAUUUGGAAAUGUACUUGCUCGAGGUGAGCAUGUGGCGGGUGUGUACACAAAAGAGGGGUGUAAACGACUUGACUGGCAUUCUGUGAGCAUGGAUGACUGUAAUGGUAACUUUUUUUUAGUCUUACAAAAGCUGACAGUAUUGUACCUAUAAGUUGAAACAACACUACUGAAUAAACAUUGUGGCCUAAUAUCCAA